AUGUUCUUGAAGCUACUCGAAGCGGUGCUCAAAACAGGGAACCGAAUGAACAUAGGAACCAAUAGAGGCGACGCGCACGCUUUCAAGCUUGACACGCUCUUGAAGCUUGUAGAUAUCAAAGGCGCCGAUGGGAAGACCAACCUGUUGCAUUUUGUUGUUCAAGAAAUCAUAAAAUCCGAAGGAGCUCGCGUGGUUUCUUCUUCUCCGAACCAAAGCCCUGUGUCAGCAUUCCAAGACGAGCUAGAGCUGAAGAAACUUGGGUUGCAAGUUGUUUCAGGUCUCAGCUCUCAGCUGAUAAACGUCAAGAAAGGAGCUGCAAUGGAUACUGACUCACUCAGCUUAGAAACAUCGGAGAUAGCCAACGGGAUAACGAAAGUCAAGGAGGUGGUUGCUGAGGUGAAGCAAGAGACAGGUGUGGAGAGAUUCUUGGACUCGAUGGAGUCGUUCUUGAACAAAGCCGAGGAAGAGAUCACGGAGAUGCAGUCCCAAGGAAGCAAUGUGAUGAAGAUGGUUAAAGAAGUAACUGAGUAUUUCCAUGGGAACUCGGAAACUCAUCCUUCUCGCAUUUUCGCUGUGGUCAGAGACUUUCUGACGAUUCUUGAUCAAGUGUGUGAAGAAGUUGGUCGUGUGAACGAGAGAACAGUGUACCGGUCCGUAGCGCCGUCGAACCAGACCGUCACGCCGCUUUUUCAAAGUGAAAACGGUUGA